CCAGCAGAGAACCAGCCUCCUUUUGUAGACUGACAGGCGACAACUCCUUUUACGUCAAGCAUAAUGAUUAGCGUCAUUGACGUCGUAGGAGUAGCCUGUCAAUCAUCUUUGCUCUACUCUGAGGGUUUUUUAUCAGUAUGAUCUUAUUUUUUUUACCAGUGCGUUUCCGGUUAAAUAAGAGCAAACACAUUGACGGAGAUUAUGACUUUUAUUUGAACGACUGAAGGGAACAAUGAGUUUGGGCCGUCAAUUGUUUUAUUUCAUGUUUGGCAUGGCUAUUAUCUACUUUCCACAAACUCAAGGGGACUGUUCAUUGAAGCAUCAACCUUCCAGUUAUGAACUCUCUGCGACAAAUCAGGAUGGACUCAAUUUCGAGUGCUUUGGUAAAAACGAUCAAAAGGGAAAAAAAUUUGAAUGGUAUUGCUCGUUUAACGAUUCAUCAGAAAACUCAUAUGUUGGAAAAUAUGUCAGCAUACAAGAAAAGAAAACAUGUUGGUAUCAGCACAACAAAUCUGCAAAGCCGAUGACUCUCGAAGAUGGAUCGUUAUAUAAAAACAAAAACAUGACCGUUCAUGUUUUUGAUAAUAACAACUGUACAAAAGCGUCGUUUAGAGGUGUUCCGAACCAACUGAUUCGUUGUGAUCCACCAGCGAAUGUAAGCUUUCUUCGUCUUUCGAGAAGACUCAUGGUGAAUUUGACGUGGAGGCCGGAGGACGAGAGAAAUAUCAAAAAAUAUGAUCUGAGACACAGAGUGCUCAACAGUGUGUUUUGGAACGAGUCCCAGUCCACCCAAAGGAACAAGGGUUCAGUGGAGCACCUCGACCCCUCGCUCUCCUACGAGGUGGAGAUACGGUGCAGCCCAAUCAACCUCUGCCCAAAGUGCUCCUGGAGUCCCCCCUACUGCCUCCCACCAGAAUUAACCGUCCCGCCAGUGAUUCUGAACGUGGAAGACAUCGAUGUUGCAGGACAAAAUGGCCGCCGUCUUCUCCUUAUACGUUGGAAUUAUCCCUCCAGAGAGCUGGUGGAAGGCUACAGCGUGAAGGUGGAGAAGGCCUCUGGAGAGGCCAGCAAUCGUAUCCCCACCGACCAAAUGGAGUUGAGGCUGAUUGUGUCUUACUCCGCCUACCAGCUGCAGAUCACUGCCUCUAACAAGUUCAGCACAUCCCCCGCAGCCCACUGGACCGUACCCGCACGCAAAUACAGGGACGGUGCAGGCGGGAGGCUGAACGUCACGUUCCACAGUAACAUGUCCCUCACUCUGUCCUGGAGCGACUCGGAGGCUCUGAAACCAGUCUGCUACUCCGUCGAACUGAGCAGCGAUGGGCAUAAAACACAGUAUGACGUGUUUUUCAUACACAAUGCAUCCCACCAAUUGAUAAGUUUAAAGGAGCCGUUGGAGCCCUAUCAGAUGUAUGACAUCACGCUGCACACCAGGACUAACAAUAAUACCUGCAACAUGGAGCGGAUCAACAACAGUGAGAGCACCUACGGGAGCCUGCAGGCCUACUUCAGAGAGGGAACUCCUGUCAGCGCUCCGACCAACAUCUCCAGGUCCAACGUGACCCUGACCUCCAUGGUCCUUACCUGGAGGCCCGUCCCAGUGGCGGACCUCAGGGGACACCUCCUUGGGUACACCCUCCACUACAAGGAGACUGGUCCACAAAACACGAGCACACCCAGAAACACAACGGUGGAUCCCACAGUAGUCUCACAGGAGCUGGUGGGUCUUGAAAGUGGUACAGUGUACACGGUUCAAAUAGCAGCAUUCACCUCCGCAGGAGCGGGGGUGAAAAGUAGUGCAAGCUACUUUGGUACCAGUUCUCAAGGCCUCCCUUUUCUUCAUAAAGCCGUCAAGAACUCCCUGAUAACGUGUUCUGUGUUGAUAGGCAUCAUCCUGUUCGGCUCGCCACUGUUAAAAAGGGCAAAGGGGUCGUUUUGGCCAAAUGUACCAAAUCCAGGUACCAGCAGUGCAAUCCAGAGAAUGGUUAAGUCCUAUGAGCUGGAGCCCCUGAAGCUGACCAUCCUCCGGGAGGAAUGCGACACGUGUACCCUCCACCUGCCCCCCCCGGACCCGCCGCUGGGCCUUCAGUACACCGGGCUCCAGGGCAGCGGACAGCCACUCGGGACCCCCCCCAGCUGUGAGGAACCGCCGCGACGAGACGCCAGCGACGACUCGACCGGCGACACAUUACCCGACGACGAGAGAACCACGACCCCGGACGCGCUCCAGAGCGACCCGGAGAGUGCUCCCGGUAAGGGGCCCAGCGACUACACCACCAUGGAGCUGUUUCAGCAGGGCAUGCCUCCACCACCCCCAGCCUGUAGGACCGAAGGCCACGCAGGCCUUCACGGAGAGGAGAUGAACAAGACUGUACAUGGGAACGGAUCGGACUACUCCCGGCAAUCUAGCCAGGGUCCGAUGGAGAUCGGCGCUCUGUAGACUGGAUCGAUUGUUCUAGUGUUUUGAACAUGUGAAAAUGAGCCUCCCGACUCACUUCCACUUAGGGUUGUAGCGGUUAGGACGCAAUGAAGAUCUGGAGUACGCCACAAAAAUUCAGCCAGCAGCAUAAGUUAGGUGAGAAACUGAUUUAUUUUCCACGCUUAAAAAAGUGAAAUGGCAAAGCCAAACACAAUACUUUGAUAAACAAAACCAAAAAUCAACCAGAGGGUUGCUCACUUGCAAAGUUCCAUUAACAUGAGAAUCACCGAACAUGAUCCAGCCUCACAGCAAGCCUUCUCUCUAUGCCUCCACCAACCCCCUUGAAAGCAAAAAAUACCGGGCUUAAAUAAAGCCAACCAAUUAACUAAAUUGGUAGACACCAACUACCAUGGGGGUUCACCGACCCAAGUACCAUAAUACAUUUAUAUUUUAUAAUUAAAUCAUGUUCGACCACACACUUCAUUACACAUCUUAACAGUUCGAAUGUUGAUGAAGUUCACUGUUGCAAAAUGCAAAAUACCGUAAUAAUUAAACAUAACAAAUAACAUCCCCCCCCCCCCCCCCCCCCCGAUAAACAGUCCGGUUCCUGCAUCCCAAUCAGGUAAUGAUUGCAUUUCCAGGUGCUCGUGUUGCCCGGGGUUCAAAAUGUUUGGGGACCCAGGAAGUGGGUGUGGCUGUCAGUGUCUGUCUGUGUCAUGCAAAAUGUAUGGGUUAACGGCAGAGAAUGAAUUAUGGGUUAUGGGUUAGUGAUCAAUGUCUCAUGACGAGACGCGGUUGCCGGCACCGUGCGUCAUACUCAACAUAAACAUGUGUGAGUGCGGGUGUGCGUGUUGAUCAGUAUACGUGUUGCGGGUAGUGUCAUAUGUACGUGAAAAGGAGGGGCUACCUUUUCACAACCACGUACAAAUGGGUAAAGUCGUUGCUGAGAUCGAGCAUAGUAGGGUGACAAUGGGAGCACUGGGGAUUUGACCGUUUCCAUCGUUCAAAUAAACGUAGGCCAAUCAUCUGCAAAGAGCAUGACUUUCACACCAAUACAUUUGCAACCUGGCAGCCAAUGGCACAGAUAGGAGGACCACAAACUGAAAAGGCAAAAUUCGCUUAGAAAGGAGACUGAAUGUCUGGAAGGAUUGAGCGUGUGGGUAUAAUACCUUAAGACCCUAAAAAUAAAGCAGACACUUCAAUAAUGGUAGAAGUGGUACCAGCAUACAGAAGAGCUUGAGCACAUUUGUUUCCUUAAGAUAUCAGCCAGGGGAUGUGGCGAGGAGACGCUGUGAUGUACAGCAGAUCAUCUGAAUGAAAAAGCCUGUGGGUUUUCUAUUUUUAUUGGGGGGGGGGGGGGGGACAUUUGAACAAGACACGACCAGGGAGGAUCAACAGCAUACAUCCAAGCUUUUCAUAAACAUAAAAAACCACCCCGCUUGAAUCAGGAAGUGUAAUUCUUCAUUUUAGGAAUUAGCCAAGAUUGUUUUUAAAUACUUGAAUACAACAUUAUAAAAAAAUACAAUUUGUAUUAUGUUCAUUUGUUUUGUCUUUCAGAUAUCUUACACCAAACAUUUGUCUGUUUGGCAAACCUCUGGUAUGUUACCAACGUUUAGAUGUUUCAUUCCUUAAAUUGUUUCGCAAACCUAUACUUUUAACCGACAUCAAGCUUUGAAGUUUGUUGUUAGACAAUAGCAGAUACCUUUCACUGUUGAAUUUCUCAACACUGGAUUUAUUCACACAAAUAAUCCGCACUAGCACAAACAUUUGAACCUGCAAAAAACACACCAAAAUAUUCACCAUCAGCUAUACUUUUUAUGUCGAAGACAAUUUUACUCACAAAUGUAUUGUAACUUCAACACCUAAUUAACAAAUCUUAGUUUGCCAAAAUAAAUUGAGGUUGGACUUUUAGGGAAUUAUUCAGUGUUUUGUACAAUCUUAGUCUAGGCACUUUUCAGUUGUCUGUGCCUUGCAAUACGUUUUUUCAAAUUUUACUUCAGCCAAUGUUUGACCCAAUGCCCAUAGCACUGGUUUUAAUGUACAAUGUGCCAAGAGAUAUUUUAAUGCCGCCUAUGUCAACCAAUUUACGUGUGGAAAAUUAUAGAAAUGUGUACAUAAAAUUUUGUUUCACACUUUUACCUCCUGCGAUGCACAUUUCCAAAAUACGAAUAUAGCACCAAAGUAAACAGCAACAAAAUAGGAAAAGUCAAAUAUAUAUGUAAUAUAUGUUUUACUAGGGAGUGAAAAAUACAUUUGACCACAUAUAUAACAACAUACAUAAGAAUGUUCUUUAUCGGAUGUUGUGGAGCUUUAAGAAACAAACCAAAUUGGCAAAAUAAGUCAUACAUUUCUUCUGAUUGCUUGUAAUUACAGUAAUAUAUAUCAACCCGUUUGUUGCAUCACAAAAAGGUGAGCGACACAAAAAUAAAGGGCAUACUGUACAGAUCCUGUGGCUGUGAUAGACUGCACGAGGCAUGUGAUGAAUGUAUCCUUCAAACAACAGACAGGGCUAUUUCCCCCGGGCACCAUAAAAAGCAUCUGUGUCCUCCUGAUGUUGUACCUCAUACAUUAUUAAACCCGGCCCAUACAUAAACACUACCUAUUCACUGUACACAAAAUGGUCAGAAUAAUACAAUCCAAGUAAUAAUAAAAAAAAAGGACCUAUUUAUUUCCCAUGAGACAUCGGAAGCAAAAUGAGAUGCGUUGCCAAGAUAGUUCAUU